UCGCUUGCUAACAGUAGGACACAGAAUAACCCGGUAGUAGAAUCUACUCCCGAUGAGAACUGAUCCUUACCGAAGGCUGCUGGAGCCGGUUCCUGGAGGACCCCCUGCCAUCAGGAUGUCCUCAGCCGUCCAGCGCCAGGAGACGGUUCUCCACGAAGCCCUCCUGACCCACUUUAGGGAGAACAAGGUGGAGAUCGCGAACGCGGUCACCAAGCCCUUCCCCUUCCUCGAGAGCCUCCGGGACCGCGCCCUCAUCACCGACAAGCUCUACGACGAUUCUCAAGAAGCCUGUAGAAACCUGGUUCCUGUGGGGAGAGUGGUGUAUUUUAUUCUCUGCCAAAUUGAGAAGACGUUCGAUCCGUCACUACUACAAGCCCUGUUCAGCAGGGUUCAUCUGAAGGAGUAUCCUGAUUUAAUUCAAGUUCAUAGAAGCUUCAAAAAUGUGAUCCAGGACAAACAUUUUCCCUGGGAAAGUGAUAGAGAAGAGAUACACGAAAUUCCCAGCACUCAGCCACGCUGUGAACAAGGGGCCGAGCUCUCCACACGGGAAAGUCAAGUGCAGUCCUGUGCUGUGGGCCCGGGGGAUGUGCAGGAGGCAGUUUCAUCCGGUUCCCCCCAACUGAGCCAAGAAGGCGAAUAUGCAAAGCCAGCGGGUGACGGAGCCCCUGAAAUAAUCGUGUCUGGUGAGAGUGACUGAAGCACCGGCAACCUGCAGGCCGCAGGAGUCCACGGGAAGACCGACUGUCCGGAGCAGGGACUCCCUACGUAGAAGUUCUGCAAGCUGCUGGGUCUCUCCUGGAGUCCCCUUAUUAUGGGGUUCCCUGCUGGCUCCUUGGCCCCACGUUGAGACCCCUCAGGGGUUUUGUCCCUGUGGGCGGUGAUCAGUAAUGAAUCUCGUGGACAGGAAGCGUCUCUGGAAGCCCAGAGCUCAGCACCGAGACGUGGGCCGGGCAGGGAGGGCGCGGCCAGCCAGCCUGGCGCUGCAGAGCAUCUGUCUGAAUUCAGAGCUCCUGUUUCUUGAUGUGUUUUACUUUUUUUAAAAAAAUGUUUUUAAAAAAAAUUGAUUUCAGCCUGGCCGGGCGUGG